CGAGUACCGCGUACGAUUUCGUCCACUCCGUUUCAAACUCUUCGACGAGAAUGUCGGGUUUCGCUCGCGAAGUUGCCUUCAUCGGCGUCCUUUUCGUUUCGAUCUUCUCGCUCGUCCACGCCGACGUUGUGCCCUUCAGACCGUGCCCUGUGGAAGAUCCUCAAGCUCCGGUCAACUGCACCAUCAACGAGGUCCGUAUUAACCCCUGCAAGGAAGCCAGCCAGGGCAAACCGUGUCGUUUCAAACGUGGCAUCAACGCUUCCCUCGAAUUCGACUACGUCGCCAAUUUCGCGGCCCCGGCUCUCGAGGGGAGAGCUUUUUGGGUAAACUCCGUAAUGGAAGUGCCUUUUAUGGGCAUGGAAGCUAACGCUUGUCUGGGCACGAGCUGUCCCGUAACCCCUGGUCAGGUGCAAACUUAUCACCAGGAAUUCCCGAUUUCCAAGAAGUACCCAGUGAGAACUUACGACGUCAAGUGGGCGAUUGUUAGCCCCGACGAACAACAGUGCUGCUUCAUCUUCCAAAUUAAAAUUCACAAAUAAAAAAAAAACCACGUUUUUUCUUUAUUGUAGGGAAAUGUUUUGUGCCCUAAGAUUUCCGACAAUGUUCAAUAAAAUUUUUAUGUUUGCUGGCACGUA